GCCCGAGUCAGACUACAUUUCCCAUAAUGCAUCUCCACUCGCCCUUGUCAACUUGACGGAGGGAGGGACGGCUUGGGCUGUGUUUGUGACAGGAGCAGCAGCAAGCAUGGACGAUGUCAACCGCUCCAAGUCGCCUCUGCGCGACUGAAUGAUAGAAUUACUUACAAGUCAGCGUACAUUUCACGCCGCAGAGUUGUCUUCCGUCUACCGCGGCGCAUUUGCUCCAGUAAAAAAAAAAAAUGAACACAAGCAGUUGUGUAGCAGCGAGCUAACGGCUCGCUAGCGUUAUCUAACCCGAUAUCUGGCUAACUUGAAUGCCGAAAGGCGGCUACUAGGAAUACUAGUUUAUGCUUGGACAAUCCAACGGGGAGAAGUUUUCCAAAGCAUUGGAAAUUGUGCCGGUGUCAAAUCGGCUCACAGAGCGAUUGCCCUCCCGGUGGUGGGAUUCAUGAAUGCGCUCCGAGGAAGCAGCGGUGUCUUACUGGUAGUCCUCGGGCAUGGGGAGUGGAGUCCAGGAUCAACGUGCAGCACUCGCCCACGGAGAAGUGCUGCCGCGGGCCUCCACUCAGUCAGAAGGCCUGAAGCAGACUCGCUCUGUCCUCAACUCGCUCUUCUCGGGGGCGUUAGCGGGAGCUGUGGCCAAAACUGCUGUCGCGCCGUUGGACAGGACUAAAAUCAUUUUUCAAGUGUCUUCAGCAAGAUUCUCUGCUAAAGAGGCCUACAGGUUAAUCUACCGCACAUACCUGACGGAUGGCUUCUUCGCGCUGUGGCGCGGAAACUCCGCCACAAUGGUGCGAGUCAUUCCGUACGCCGCCAUCCAGUUCUGCGCGCACGAGCAGUACAAAAGUCUCCUGGGUGACUACUACGGCUUUCAGGGGAAGGUCCUCCCACCGCUCCCGAGGUUACUGGCCGGAUCUAUGGCCGGCAUCACUGCUGCCAUGUUGACGUAUCCUCUGGACAUGGUGCGAGCUCGAAUGGCUGUGACACCGAAAGAAAUGUACAGCAACAUUUUGCAUGUGUUUGUGCGGAUCUCCCGGGAAGAAGGACUGAAGACCCUGUAUCGAGGUUUUACGCCCACUAUACUGGGCGUGGUCCCCUACGCUGGCCUCAGCUUCUUUACCUACGAGACGCUGAAGAAGCUUCAUGCAGAGAGAAGUGGGCGCCCGCAGCCUUACUCGUAUGAACGGCUGGCUUUUGGGGCCUGUGCGGGCCUCAUCGGUCAGUCGGCGUCCUACCCGUUGGACGUGGUACGGCGGCGCAUGCAGACGGCGGGGGUCACGGGUCACACGUACGGCACCAUCCUGGGCACCAUGAGGGAGAUCGUGUCCGAGGAGGGGGUUAUCCGAGGACUCUAUAAAGGCCUCAGUAUGAACUGGGUCAAAGGGCCCAUUGCAGUGGGGAUCAGCUUCACCACCUUUGACCUGACUCAAAUCCUCCUGAAGAAGCUGCACGAGAUGGGCUACGCAUCCCGGUAAUGGCGAGAAAAUACUUGUGAAUGUGAUGCCUUCACUGGGAACUGGGAAGAGUGAGCGAGGAAUGAGUUUUGUGGCAGUCGAGGCAAACACGCACAUACUCGCAGUCAGUGGAUCAUGGGUCCUAACACGCGUGCUCCACAAAAGAUGCGACUCAGCGUCUGCAUGCGUUCUUGUCAUGCGGCAAAGUGCAAAUAUGCUCUCUGGUUGUUGUCUGUACUCGCGUGAUCGCAAAACCUGAGACGGCGACCGAGGGUGUAAAUGUCACUGACACGCCGAGGAGCUUCCAGUUGCCUUCUACAGCAAUGAAGGCUGCCAUUUAUUUACUGUCCACUUUGUAGAUUCUGUCAUAUAUGAGAUUAGGCCUUAAAUAGGUUUGAUGUGGAAUAAUAAGAUAUUGAACUAAAUUAUAUUCCAGUGCCAUCCCAAAGUGACUGAAACAUUUCGAUCAACUUUUAACAUUUUGCUUCUUGCAGGGCUACAUCAUAUUGGGGUGGGGGACGCAUGCGAUUUGCAAUAUGGGUACACUUUUUGAUCUCUGAAACGACAAUGUUAGCGUUUAUAUACAUCGAUUCCACGAAUGAUACCAAAGUUUUGUGGCACAGGAUAGCUGUGGAUGAGAUACUGGGUUAAUAUAAUGACGCACAAGAAUUCUCAGACUAGGCCCGGUCUCACAUUAGCGGGCAUUUUAACAUUUCAGUUGAAGAUGUGAUUUUUAUUUUUAUUUUUUCCUUCUGGCUGACUUAUUUCAUACAUGUGAAACAUCUUCAGUGAAGAGGCAUUAGCUAACUAUUGUCUGUCACUUUGGCACAUUGUUUUUUUUUUCUUUCAAAGUCACUUUUAAACGUGAGACAAUCUUAACAUAGCUGCUUCAUCCCUUCAAUAUUUAUUGUGUGACAUGGAAUCGACAAAUGUGACUGAUUAAUAUAUCAACUUUGAAACACAACUUGAAUUUCUAUUGAUCACACUGGGGAACGUGUUUUGUUGAGUCGGGUCUGACAGCUGUUUUGAACUUAUUUUUGGUUGCGGGAUCUGAAACUGAUCUCAAUUUUUCUCUUGUCACAUCAACUUUUUGAGCUAUCGUAUCACUGUUUUCUUGAGAAAGUAUUCAGUAAAUGCGUAUGUAUGUAAACAAAAACACUACGAUGGAAAACUGCAUAAAGCAAAUUUCCAGCGGUAUGCCCAUGGUUGCAAGGUUAAGAGAAAAACCAAGACUAACUUUUUUUUUUCCCUUUCAAAUCGUUCGUUCCUCAGCGUUACCAGUAACUAAGCAGCACUUAGACGACCACAUUUACUCUAAAUGCCAUAGGAAAUAAAAAGUUGCCUAAAUUUGAGAUGAAAAGCCAUGAUGAUACGAUAACAUGACUCAUAUUUUUCAAAAUGUACUUUAUUCUUGUGAUUUAUAUAUGUGUGUGUGUGUGUGAGAUGUAAGAUCAGAUUUAUAUAAUACAUUAAAAUGUUAUCACAGCUUUAAAUUGCUACAAAGGUACGGAGGGAGCAGUAAAUGUUUAGUAAAUGUUAUAUUUGAAUUAUUUUGUGUACCCCAAAGUCACAACAGACCCCAUUUUGAGAACCCCUUAGUUGAUAGAAAUAUGAAGAUGACACAUGGAAUGCCUUUCGGUCUCAGCUCAGCAGCUGCAAGCUCACUGAACAUCUCAGUCGUGUCUCUUGAAGUGCCUGGCGAGGGAAUAGUCACCCUUCGACUAUGACUGAGCUUCUUUCACCAACUGUUUGGAAAGUUGAUCUUUUUUUUUUUUGUUUGUUUCUUUUUGAUGGUCCCCUGCUGAGGGUUGUUUGUGGUUAGUGGAGGUUCAUAAGGCCUCUGAGUUAUUGUCAUUCUUCAGUCCAGUUUUUCUACCGAGGUUUUGUAAGCCUGAUAACCCACUAACAGGCUCUGGCUGCGUGGGACAAACACGCGUUGGGUAUCCUUUCAUGCAGGUGUGUUGUCAGGGAUCUGUAAAUGUCUAACAGUUGAAACAUCUCCUCGGGCAUCCACAGCAAUCACGGCCUGUCAUGUUUGCAUCCUCUCCGCAUUGUCUCGCGACAAUUUCGUUUUGUCCACAGUGGCCUGAAACAGGGCUGGCGUGGCCGGUGAGAACGUAGUGUAAACGUAGUUUGUGGGGACAUGAAAAUAAAAAUAAAAAAUCUGUAUUUAUGCUGACUUCAUUUGGUGGGUAGGAGGGCAUUUUUAAUAGACUCGGUGGAAUACUAAAACAUGAAAAUCCUGACAAUUUGAGUGAUGAACCAUUUUAAUGUUCAGAUAUCCAUAAUAAUUGUUUUAACACAAUUUCCAUACCUCAAUGUGCAGAGUAUUGUUUCAAGUGCAGUGGUUGUUCAAAUACCCGCUUUUUAAGUUCCAUUGAUUUGUGCCAUCUGAGCGUGUGUGUAUAAUGCGUACCUCAUCUGCACACUGCAUUCAUAUUGACUCAACUUCUCUAUAUGACUGUUUUUAAAAGUCAAAUAAAACGAGUACGCACUCUUG